UACAUGGUUAGAGAUGUAAACAUUACGGCCAUAAACUGUAUCAUACUCCUACCACUUGGUGGUACAUGGUCUAUUUCAGUUAAAUUCUUCAUAGUCAUCAUCGUUAAGUGUGUUUACAUUAUUCGAGAGUACGCAAUUUGAUAUAAUAUCUUGCAUCUGACAGAAAAUGACAAAAAAAGUUAGGACGUACGUAAUUUUACUAGUGUACUUAAUUGGUUAUUUUGCUCCGGUUUACACGCACUUUUUAAACAGAAUAUUUAAGGAAUCAAACUGGUUUUUCCAGACUGAACCAUGCAGGAAGUAAUUCACGCCGAUUUGGCCACAUAUCCAGAUAAAUUACUCAUAUAACGCAUGUUUUCCUUUCGUCGAAACAUACAUUAACUGACGGCGCAAAGAAAAUGAACGUAAAGGCUAUGGGUGUAUUGGAAAUAUGUUCUGGGAUAGUUUUGCUGUUUGCGUGUUUCAAAGGAGAACAUGUAGAAGGUCGUUUUAUCGAAGGGAAUAAAUCUGGUCAAAUAAUAAUCAACGAAACGAAAUUUGUAAUUCUGACAUCAAAUGCUUUUUACAGUUGCAAGGAAGAGGCUAUGUGUCGUUCCCAUCGCUCCAAUGACACUCGUCUUGUCGCUGACUGUUCGAAUCUUAACAACGAUUAUGUUUUAGGGAUUCAUCACGACAAUGCUGUAUUUCAAAUGACAGGGAACAGGAUGAGCAGAAUUUCAACUGAUAUGUCAUACAGGAUUAGUUUAGAAUAUCUUGAACUUUCGUUGAGUCAGAUUAACACAAUUAAACCGAAUCAGACGUACCAGACUGGUCUUUUAAGAACUUAUCUAGAAUCUUCCGAUAUGGAUUGCUCGUGUGAGGAAUACGAGUCCCUGAAGUGGUUUGACGAAGAUAACAAAUCAACCACCAUGGAUUUGUUACAUGCAUAUAGGUGCAUUUUCUCAAACAAAACUGAAAUGCUUUUUUCAAGCUUUGACAAAAGCAAAAUGGAAACAAGGAAGCCCUGUGAUAAUAAUAACAUUACGAUAUCAAUGUCUGUGCCAGUGAUUAUGUUUUUUAUUUCCCUGGUCACUUCUUGUAUUGUCUACCGCUACAGAUGGAAGUUACGUUACCUGUUCUACAAGGCCAGGGCAAAAUACAGGAGACACACACGAAUCACUAAUGCAGAAGACGACGAUGAUUACACAUAUGAUGCAUUUAUAUUAUAUUGUUCGGAGAAUCAUCAAUUCGUUCGAAAAGAAGUAUUAUCACAACUGGAAGAUAGCAGUGGGUUACAAUUGUGUGUUAAUGUCCGGGAUUUCAUUAUUGGACUGAGCCUAGCCCAGAAUAUAACCAACGCUGUUAAAAAAAGUCGAAAAAUUGUGGUUUUAUUGUCUCGAAGUUAUCUUGAUUCAUGUGAAUGUAUGAUCGAAUUUACCAUGGCUCGAAUGGAGAGUAUCUAUGCAAGGGGUGAUGAUUCCGUUCUGUUUCUUGUGUUUUAUGAGGAUAUUUCGGACAAGGACUUACCUUUACAAAUGUUGGGCUUAAUAGAGUGUAAAUCCUAUAUGGAAUAUCCACACAAUGACGCACAGGGCAAGGUGGCAUUUUGGGACCAACUGGCGACAUCGAUUUCUAAAUAAUCGCAAGCUGCAAUUGUGUAUCAAAGUAGUGCAUUUACCAUCAUGCAGAUUAUUACGGAUUAAUCUAGUAAAUAUAGAAGUAUUUGAUCAUUAUCUUCAUAACUGUAAAAUAUCCAAAUUUCCUGUUGUACUAUUUCAAAGAAAAAGUAUUUCUACCUGUCUGACCAACGUUUUGUUCAGGGAUUUCCUUCUACUAGCGCAUGCGCAUA